AUGCCUAAUGCCAUGCAUGACUCGUAUGCUGCUGGAUCGUAUCAAAAUAUAAAAAUGAAUGGUCAUGCAAUUUAUUAUACUAGAAAUAGUCUUGCUGAUAUCUGCGCUGACGGUUGCAUUGGUAUGGCACGAACAAACUCACUUGAAUACUUUAAUGAGUUCUAUGUGCCUCAAGGUCACAUGACAAUGCAUCCGGCGCCAAAUGGUAAUCGCGCAUGCGUUCGUUAUACAAUGCAAAAUACUGAUGAAAUCUAUGAUAUUGAUGCUACAUUUAUUUCACAAGGGCCUUCAUUGUUUCUAAAUGGUCCUCUUAGCAAUGGUUAUGCCACAGUUGAUGUACAUCUAUCAAUUAACAAUGUUACAUUAGCAUCCAUGACAAUUAAUCGAAGUAGCGGAGGAUUUUUUCGAAGAGGUUUACGUUUAAAUUAUGGUGAUAUUAUACAAUUCGAGGUUGGCUAUGGUGAAAACAAAAACUACUUUUCUGAUACAAUAACAGUGGACAUUAAGAUGACGAGAUAUGUUGAGCGAGAAUAA